UCUGUUUAUGUCGCUGUUGUCACCCAUAUAUAAACUUCAAUACAUACACCCUUUUAUAUAGAUAGCCAAGACAAGUGUGCGUGAAAAGAUUACUUAGACAAAAUGGCAGACAAUGAAAUCCAGAAAAUUGUAGAACAGUUCAAAAUGGUUCAUCAUCCAGAAACUGGAUACUUUAAAGAAGUAUGGAGAGGCGAAAGACAAGUAACGUUUACACAGGAAACGACGCAUGAUGGAAAAAGAGACGUUGGGUCUAGCAUAUACUCCCUUCUGAUCAAUCCUAAUUUUAUAAGCUGGCAUCAAGUAAGGUCGGAUGAAAUUUAUAACUGGCAUGCAGGAGGAACACUAAAGGUACAUUUAAUCGACAAAGAUGGAAACCAUACAUGUACUAUGCUAGGAGACGGAGUGAAAAAUCCUGACUGCGUGUAUCAGUCUAUUAUUCCACACGAUACAUGGUACUCUGCUGAACUUAUUGAAGAUUCUAAAUAUGUCUUAUUUGGUGCCGUGGUCUUCCCAGGUUGGGAAUUAAAAGACUGGACCGAAGGCAACAAAGAAGAACUGAUUGCAAAAUUUCCCCAGCACAAAGAUCUCUUUACAAGACUUACAAAACAGAAAUAGAUAUAUGCAUACUGAUCCAUACUCACUUAACGACUGUUUCUAAUGCAUUAAUUUAC